ACUUACACACACACAUACACAAACAUACACCACGAGACAUCCACACUAGAAUUACGGCGUGCAAGAUUGCGAAGUAAUUUUUAAGUGGUGAAUGUCGAUGUUUCAUUUUAAGUUUUAACGACAACUGGCAUUGUUUUCUGUUUAGUCUUAAAUACCGAGUACUGUUUGUGCGCCGUCGUUUCACACAUAUCGUCCGACGACUCGAUGCAGUCACGAUCCGUUUGCCGCAUUCGACGAAAAAGAUCAUUAUGGAAUCUCCACAAGAAGAGAAUGUAUCAUUAGACUUUGGCACAACAACCAAAGGAGAAGAAUAUCUUCUGUCUGUAUCUACUGGUUUUUAUGAGGAAGAAUUUGAUGACGACGAAGUGUUUUUGGACGAUUCACAAAGUAUUGAUAUGGAAUCAUCGUCAGAAAUUCCAUCUCGUGUUCGUAGAACUUCAGAUGUUAUUGACUGUGUUGGUGGAACUAUGUCUCCAGCACAUAUUAAACGUCAUAGUUUUCCAUCAGCAUCUGGUGAAGUUUUGUACUCUGCUACAUCACAGGCUACAAACAUCACAGAGGUAAAUCGAUCUAGGCGUACUGAGCUAACCAUAGAAUCAGUUGAUCUGGGCUAUAGUAGUCCUGGUGCACAGUCUUCUUCAGGCAGAUCUUUGAAAGGAACAUGGUUCAGGUUCAGUAAUAGUAAUGAUCCUGAUUCUGUUGAUGCUCGACCAACUCACAUAUUAGUUGAAGAACAAAUAUCCAACUCGAACAACAAACUAAGUCCUGGUUUCAAGAAAUCUGGUGAAGAGAUUAGAAUGCCUGUAUCUAAAGAUGCUACAUGUUAUAAUAUGGAUCACGAAUAUCGAGGUAUCGCUGUUAUCAUAAAUAAUGAUGUUUUUGAAGGACCUGCACGGAGUUUACCUGAGCGAAAAGGUUCAUGGAAAGAUGUUGAAGAGUUGAAAACAAUGUUCUAUCGUUUAGAUUUUAGUGUUUUGAUUUGGAAUAACUUGUAUCAUGAAGAAUUGACUCAUCAUUUAAAUAAAUUGGCUAAUGAUGAUCAUUCUCAAAGUGAUUGUCUCGCUAUUGUUGUGUUAACACAUGGAAUCAGUUCAUCUUUUAUUUAUGCCAAAGACAAUCCAUAUCCAGUUGAAUCUUUGUGGGAUUCAUUUACAGCUGAUAAAUGUCGUACAUUGGCUGGAAAACCUAAAAUGUUUUUUGUACAGGCAUGUCGUGGAGAAAGGCUUGAUCCUGGUAUUACUUUACGUAGAGAAGUGGAAACUGAAGUAGAUUCUUCCACUGCCUCAUACAAAAUUCCUAAACAUGCGGAUUUCUUGAUCACUUUUAGCACUUAUGAUGGUUAUUAUUCGUUCAGGCAUCCUGAAAACGGCACAUGGUUUAUUCAAAGUCUUUGUAUUGAAAUAAAUAAACAUGAUCUUAGCAACAAUGAUUUGCUAGGAAUUAUGACUCGUGUGUCUAGACGAGUUGCAUUAGAACACGAAUCUUACAAUCCAGAACUCCCAUGGCUACAUAAGCAAAAACAGAUACCCACUAUUCAUUCGAUGCUUAUUAGAGAUGUGUUUUUUAAGCCUAAAAAUAAACCUCCACCUGAACCAAUUAUUUUAGAAAAUAUAAUCUGAAUGCCUUAAAAUUAUACUUGAAGCUAGAAAAUACACGCCAACUUUGAAAACAAAAACAACAGCAACUAUUAAGUGUGUAUUUUAUGUAUUUUACCAGUGUGAAAUGAUAUAGUUUAAUAAGUGCUUGCCCAUAAGUGUUCAAAACAUUUAAAUUAUAAGAAUUCUAAAUUUUGUGAUAAAAAAAAAUGUCUUUUUAAGACUGAAUCAAUUUUGAUUAACAAUUAUUUUUUGGAGAA